AUGGACUUGUGUGACAGAGAUGUCCCGAUCCAUCCGUACUUUAACACGAUGGCCAAAAUGCUGUUUUUGCUAACCGUAUUCUUUAUACCGGCUUCAGGCAUGUCUGUAGAUGUCAACCACAUGUCGGAUCAAGAACUCGUUGAUUAUCUCAACACAAAUCAACAUUUCUUCAAGGCAGAAGUUCCAACGAUGUCCUACGAAAAAUGUAGUGGAGGGUACGGCAUCAGAGCCUUUCAGUAUGGAAUGACCUAUGGAGUAUGUACUGGUGGUGCAUACAAUGCAAAGAAUUGCUGCAAACCACACCCCUUCCAUCCAUGUGGUCAGCACAAGGGUCAACCAUAUUAUGGUGAUUGUCUGAAAAACAAUGAAGACACACCAUCUUGCCGUGCGCAAUGUCAGUUUGGAUAUAACAUGGAUUAUAACAGAGACAAGAUUUACGCAAAUUCCGCAUAUCAAGUCUAUGCGAGCGAAGAUGCGAUUCGAAAGGAAAUCUUCACGAAUGGACCCGUUCAAGCAACGUUCACUGCUUACAGCGAUCUCAUGUAUUACAAGAAUGGAGUAUACGUACGCACAUGGGGAAAAAGCGAAGGAGGUCACGUUAUCAAAAUCAUAGGAUGGGAUGUAGAGAAUGGUGUGAAAUACUGGCUCGUUUCGAACUCCUGGAGCUCUGACUGGGGAGAUAACGGCCUCUUCAAGAUACGCCGAGGAACCAACGAAUGCAAUAUUGAAGCCUAUGUCAACGCAGUUAUUAUGAAUGCUUGA